AUGAACGAGUACGUGCGGGCGGCGGCACGCGUACACGCCGGACUGCUUGCCUUGCAAGCUGUACCGGAUACACUACGAGCGUCAUACAGCGACGAGUUCACACGGGAGUUGUACAAUGCACGGACUAUUCGCAAGAAACACGGCCUCCCCCGGAUGCGAUACAUCUCCGAACUUACGAAGAUGAUUGCGGAGCGGUGUAAACCGCCUGGGGCGUAUGGCCUACUACCCGCGGCGUUUGCGAGGGAGGUCGGGAAGGUCGCGCUUGAGCCAGAUGUUCGGUACGAGGGAGAGCUGGGGGAGUUUCAAUGGUGGACAGAAUUACAAACACAUCAAUGGUAUAUUGAACUCGACGCGAUGAACACCGCGAGCGAUAGCGAGGCAGAGGACGACGAACUCAACACUCCCCCUUCCUCUUCACCCACCGACAAGCUGCACAUAGUCGACCCCGAGGCCGGAAGCUGCCGACUACGCCCUGUGGACUUGACUGCGCCUGAGGAGGAGGAGCCCAAGCAGGCGCCUGAGCCGAACCUGUAUCCCCUCCGCCUUGCAUCCCCUGAACGCGAGGAGGAUGAGGACGAAGUUAUGGAGACUGAAGCGCCGGCCGAGGCGCCCAAAGAGGAUGCUGCGCCACGAGAGCUGUUGCCGCCAGUACAACUGUCGACGCCGCCACUUAUCGUAUCAAAACUGGACGAUGAAGACGAGGAUCUGCUGCUAAUAUUUCCUGAAGAUGACUCUGCACCGGUGUCUUGUGCUCCCUCUCGCAUCCGUACGCCUCAACUGCCGACGCCACCGCCCAGCAGCGCAGCCUCUUUCGGCAAUACGACUUCACCCUCUCCGCAACCGACCCACAAAGAGCCCGAGUCAGUCACUGCGCCCUCACAUGCACCUUCGCAUACAUCUGUGUCAACACCCGGUUCUCCCAUACCCGUACCGUCACGGGGUGCAUCACCCGUCAUGUCCGACAUGGCACUCGAAACGCCGCCCGACUCUCCGCCUGCUCCGGUCACCACUACCCCAUCCACGCCUGCACGCUGUCGCAAACGCAGCGCAUCGGUUGCAGGACUUGACAACGAUGCGAACGAGAAGCAGAAGACCCUCAAACUGGAGGCCAUGGAAUCUGUUCUUGGCCCGCUGCCCCAGUCGCCCGCCAAACCUUCUUCUAGCAGCAGCGUCGGCCGCCGCGUGACUCUGACAGCCUCCAUUCCUUCGCCCUCGUCUGCACCCGUGCCCGCACCUGCGCCAACAGCUGUAGUUGCCACUGCGCCCAAAGCCCAGACACCAGUUGUACCUGCAGCCACUCUGCCGACCACACCCUUAGCUGCAGUACCGACCACGCCGUCGAAGCCGACCUCGUUACCGCAGAAGCCGGCACCAACGCCCCCCGUACCGGUAUAUUAUGCGCAAACUUCUUCUUCGCCUCCAUCGGCAGUCGCCGGUCCAUCACGGUUGCCCGCGAACAUUCCCGCCCGCCCGCAACCGCAGGUUCCCGUAUACCGGUCACCCGAGUUGCCUCAACGCCCCGAAUUCAUACCUGGGCCAGGUGCGGCAAGCCAUCAGCUUCCGCAACGAGUGGCGUCUUCCAGCAGUUCUGUUCCUGUGCAGAAUGCCUCGGAGGGCGCUCUACCGGUACCGGUACACCCUGCGCCCAGCACUUCGUCACAACCGCCUGCUGCGAGCACAAGCGCCAGUGCUUCGCCCGCAUCAUCGAAUAAACCUCCAUCGCCUACAAUUAUAGACUUAUCCGAGGAUGCACCCGUACGCGACUUCGGCGGCACCGAGCCGCCCAAACUCGGCAAACGCGCACGCAAGACUCUUCGGAAGCGGAAAGCGGAAGAGGAGGCGGUUCAACAGCAGCAGGAUGUCACGCGACAGACGAUGUUGGAUCUGAGCGCUGCAAUCGCGGCUGCGAGCAUUCGCAAGGGAUAUACGUCGAGUCUUCUGGGAGGGAAUGGCGGCCCGCCCAUGUUCGUGACGGCAGUGACAAGCCUAGGUGCCGCGACGAGUACAGCUGGCUCUGCUGAGGCGAGUUCGGAUGCGCCGAAGGUCGCUGCAAAUACGCCUACCGGCACGGCUACGAGCUCGGUGAAGUCUGUUGGAGGAGAGGCAGAGGUUGUCAAGAAGACUAUGGUCUUACCGCCAAAGGCGCUUCCUACGGGCCCGAAAGCAGAUAUACGGUUGCCUACCGGGCCGAAAGCGCAUGCGGCGCUGCCUACGGGACCGAGGGCGGGUGUGGCGCCGGCGCCCUUCGUCAUGGCGUCGUCUGUGACAGGGAAGCCAAUUCCUACUGGACCCAAGGCGGCGGCAAUACCUACAGGACCCAAGGUGGCUGCAACUCCUACAGGACCCAAGGCGGUAGUACCGACCACUCCAUCCAAGUCAGCUACGCCACCCACAGGACCCAGGCCAACUGCGAUGUCCUCUUCACCAGCGUCAGCGCCACCUAUGCAGCGCAGAGUCAUCUUGAAGCUUCCUGAGACCCCCAAACCGUCACCUACCAAACCGCCAUCUACAGCUUCAUCUACAGCUUCGACGCCACCUACGCAGCGCAAGAUCAUCUUGAAGAUUCCUGCUACAAGCAAUGCCAACUCACCUUCGGUUGCGCCGGCGGCCAAACCAGCACCAGUACCUGCAGCUAAGCCCGUGCCCGCGCCGGCACCGGCAACACCUGUGUAUACCGCGCCCGGGCCAGAGAACCUCGACCCGGACGUAUCAAUGGACUUGUUCGGCUCAGCUUCUACCCCGAAAGAUGCAUAUCGCCGUGCUUCCUUCUCGUCAGACGCUCACCGCCCGCCUUCUCCUCCGCGCAAGUUAUCGUACAACAGGCCGGAGGGCUCGACUUUCAGCACUCGACAGGGCGACUUUUAUAGGCCCGAUGAGAGUUCAUCGGCGUCGGGGUCAGGGAGGCAGGGCGAUUCGUAUCGGCCUGAUGAAGGCGGAUCGGCGUCAGGAUAUGGAAGACAAGGAGACUCGUAUCGACCUGCCGCAUCGUCGUCUUCGAACGGUUGGACAGGCGACUCGUACAGGCCUGAUGAGGGCGGAGACGCGUACCGCCCUGCUGCGUCCUCAUCGGGAGGUGUACCAGUAUACAGUGCUACAGCAUCCUCCUCCAGUGUGCCAUCACCUCUUCCGCUGCAGAGACCAACCAAAGCGAUCGACAAGCCGGUCUGCAUGGCAGACGUCCAGCACUUGUCCUGCAGGCUCCCCCUUACGCCUCGCGCGCUCAUAGCCCACAUGGCGCGCGCACACGGCUGGGACGCUCUGCGCUCACACGCCGCAGCUGAUUAUAUUUGCGCGGGCGGAGGACCGGGCGGGAUGGGUGUUGAGCGGGAAGAGUUCGAGAAGAGGGUAUGGGACGUUGUGGAUGGACGGGUUGACCUGAGCGAGGAGGGCAGGAGGAGGAAGGCGCAGGGUGAUAGUUGGAGACCGGCGGUUGCGGCGCAUCCGACGCCUGCGUAUAUGACGUCGGGAGAUUCGUACAGACCUGGCGAUCUCGCGGUCGUGGAUGAUGGGCCGCCAGUGUGUAUGGCCGAUGCGCGGGACAGGUUGCCCGAGUGCGCACGGUUGCCGCCCGGCGCUGGUACAGUCUGGGCACACAUGACGCGCGCGCACGGGUGGAGCGCACUCACCAAGCCCGGCGCGCGGGAGUUCAUAUGCAAUAACGCGCCGAAGCGGAAGGAGUUCGAGAGGCGAGUAUGGGAUGUGAUCGACGAGAAGGUCGAUCUGGGUCCUGCGGAGGUGGUCGUGAAGCGGGAGAGGAUAGAGAGCGUCUUUCUGGGAGGAGAGGACGAGGGGCCGGUGUGUAUGGCCGAUCCGAGCGAUCGACGCGAUACGUGCUCGCAAUACAUGACGCCGCGCGAAGUGUGGGCGCAUAUGCUUUCUGCGCACCGCUGGGACGCGUUGAGGCCGCCGGCCGUGGCGGAGUAUGUGUGCGGCGGGGAUACCACGCAUUCAUGGGUCAGCAGGGGUCUUUUCGAGAGCAGGGUCAGGGAGGUUAUGAACGGAUAUGUGGUUCGGCCGAGUAAUGGCUCGGUGAGGAGAGGGAGGGACAGGCUCGGUAGGCAGGGAGGUCAUGGGCUGAUGGCGGAGAGUAUGGGCGGUGCAGGUUAUGAUUAUUGA